AUGUACAAGGACAAGCCAUAUGGCUAUUCGCGGUACGAGCAAAGACGACCGCUAUGGAAGCGCAAGAGGGUGAUAGGUUUCCUUACCUUUAUCGUCUUGACGUUACUAUACUGGACCGGUUCUUCGUCCAAGAAACGACAAUCCCAGAAGAGCACCGUACCGACCGACUGGAGCUACUCAGGCUUGUCUCAAGAUGAUAAAAAGGCCAAUUGGGACCAUAGGAGAGACCGUGUCGUGGAGGCGUUCGAGCUGAGCUGGGACGCCUACCGACGAUAUGCAUGGGGUUAUGACGAGUACCACCCUGUCACCAAGAGGGGCGACAACAUGGCGCCCAAGGGAUUGGGUUGGAUCAUAAUUGAUGCCCUCGAUACAAUGAUUCUGAUGAACCUGACAUCCCGAGUGCAAGAUGCUCGUGGGUGGAUUUCAGAAUCAUUAACAUGGGACCAGGAUCAGGAUGUCAACACCUUUGAGACAACCAUCCGCAUGAUGGGUGGCUUGCUCAGUGCGCACUACCUGUCCAACGAAUUCCCACAUCUCGCCCCCUUGGCCGAGGACGACGAAGGUGCGGCUGGAGAGGAUCUCUACCUCGAAAAGGCAAAGGAUUUGGCCGACCGUCUUAUGAGUGCCUUCGACUCCCCCUCUGGUGUUCCUUAUGCAAGCGUCAACUUGCACAAGUACGAGGGUAUCCCAUCCCAUGCCGAUGCGGGAGCGUCGUCUACUGCCGAGGCCACAACUGUUCAGCUCGAGUUUAAGUAUCUUGCUAAGCUCACAGGAGAAAAGGACUUUUGGGACCGGGCCGAGAAGGUGAUGCAGGUGGUUGAUGACAAUGGUGCUCAAGACGGCCUUGUCCCCAUCUACGUCUACGCUACCACGGGCGAGUUCAAGGGCAAAAAUAUCCGGCUCGGUAGCCGUGGCGACUCAUACUACGAGUAUCUCAUCAAGCAAUAUCUCCAGACGAAUAAGCAAGAGCCCAUUUAUGAAGAUAUGUGGGACGAGGCACUCAGGGGUGUCCGCAAGCACUUGGUGACAUACACCAAGAACUCACAGUUUACGAUUAUCGGAGAGCGACCCACUGGACUGGACAGAGCCCUCAGCCCCAAGAUGGAUCACCUCGUUUGCUUCAUGCCUGGAACAAUGGCACUUGGAGCUACUGGAGGUCUGACUGAGGCUGAGGCCCGAAAGCUGCCUACAUGGUCCAAGAAGAACGAAGAGGAUAUCAAGCUCGCACGCGAGAUCAUGGAGACUUGCUGGGGAAUGUACAAGUUCACCGAGACAGGGCUGUCGGCCGAGAUCACCUAUUUCGAAAUCGACAACCCGCCGCAACCCUUUGGCAGCCCCCGUCAGAGCCCGGCGGUGUUUGACCCAGCCCCUGACGCUGAAUGGCGCAGCGACUUUAUCGUCAAAAAUGGAGACGCCCACAACCUCCAGCGCCCAGAGACGGUCGAGAGUCUGUUCUACAUGUGGAGAAUCACAAACGACAUCAAGUACCGAGAAUGGGGAUGGGAGAUGUUCAAGUCUUUCAUGAACCACACGGCCGUGAGGAACGGGGGAGGCUUUACGAGCCUGCGAGACGCCAACGUUGUGCCGCCCAAGGUUCGAGAUAACAUGGAGAGCUUCUGGCUGGCCGAGACGCUGAAAUACUUCUACCUGUUGUUCUCACCCCCCGAUCUCCUGCCUCUGGACAAGGUCGUGAUCAACACUGAGGGCCACCCGUUCCCCAGAUUUGAUCUACCAACGCUGUUCUCGACAGGCUGGAAGCGAAAGCCAAGAGACGCAUCUGGUCAGAUUAUUAAGCCCGUAAGCGCAGACACGGGUUCCGAAGAAAAGGUAAUCACAGAGGAGAAGAAGAGCACCUGA